CUUAUUAUGCAUUGAAGCAGUACUUGACCAUUAUUUUCUGUUCUAAAACGUUGCUUCAAUACGGCUAUUGUAUUCAACCACUGAUGAGUACUAAUUGAAAAAUUUUUUAUGUAUUUUAGGGUGACUUACAGCGUUGCGACACAGACAUCAAACGCUCAAAUUGUUGCUAAUUAUGAAAACGUUUCAAAUACAACAUCAAAUCCACCCUUCCAAAUAAUUCGAAAUAAUCGACCGAAAGGUCGUCCAAAAAAUGUACGGAAACAUACAAAGUUCAAUAAAACAAAAAUUCUGCACUCCACGUCGACUGAUGAUGUUUUAACGCAAGUGAAAAGCGUGAAAAAUACAAAAGUUAAAAAUACUUCAACAACAAUUGCAACAAAAGUGCAACCGUUACAAAAAGAACAAACGCAACAGAUAUUAAAACGAACAUCGUCCGAAAUCAAAGCACAUGUCACCUAUGAGUUGCUUGACGCUGCUCUGGCCUUGGUCAACGAAACAACGACAAAGCAUUACAGUAGUUACGAUACGGAAAUCUCUCAAGGAAAACAACAGCAGCACGACUCAUCACCUCAAACCUUGUUGGCAAUUAAAAAUAAGAAAUUUUCGUUUAUUCCACCUACAAUGUUAUGGUUAGCUUUGACAAUCAGAAGAUUGAGAUUGGAAUUGUUACAAGAAAAAUUUUCUUGGCCAAUAUAUGGACCACUGAAACGGGAUAUUGAUCUGACACUAUCGCCGUCUUCAGUCAAAGCGAUUGUCGGAGAUGGAAACUGUUUAUUUCGGUACGUAUUCAACUGAGUGAAAGUUAUAGUCAGCUCAAUUGCUUUAAUAGCGUUUGUCAGAAAUAGGCUAGGGAGGUUUUUUAAUCUUGUAUGGCUUCCUAUCAAAUAACUAUAUACACAAAAUAUCGCGUAAAUAUGAAC